CCGUGCCGGCAGAGGGCGAUAUGAACGCAACGCAACUCGGACGCGGAUUUCAGGAGAAGAAGCGGUUGUUGCUGCUGCUAUUGUUGAACAUGUGUGAUGUCGGGGUUUAAGAGUCUCGUACCUGCUCGUUUCCUGACGCUCACAGCUCACCUGGUCAUCAUCAUCACCAUCUUCUGGUCUCGGGAGAAUAAUGUACAGUCGUGUCUGCCGCUGGAUUUUACUGAAGAACAAUUUAGAACAGAAGAUACACGGCUUGUUGUGGCUCUGUCUGUGACUCUGGGUUUGUUUGCAGUGGAGUUCAUCGGAUUCUUCUCUGGUGUUUCUAUGUUCAACAGUAAUCAGGGCCUGUUAUCUCUAGUGUCUCACUCUAGCGCAUCGGUCAGUCUGUCUUUCUUUGUGUUCCAGCAGUGGCCGUGCUGGACGUACUGGAUCAUCUUCAGCCUCUGCAGUGUGAUUCCUGCAGUGUUUGAGUUGAUUCUGCUCAUGUUACUGAGAUCAGUGUGAAUGAUUCUUCAGCCGAGACCCUCGAGGAAACCCCUGAGAAACAGAUACACUGAAUCAUUUCAAUCAUUAGAUGUUAUGAAAUCAUCUGAUGAAUCUUUGUGAUUAUAUCAAAGCAAAUGUACAGGAUUGUCUGAAAAGGCAGCCUCUGGUUUUUAUUUAUUUAUUUAUUUUUGUAUGUUUGACACAUGAGCUCAGAUUUUUCUCUUCUCUCAUUAUUGCUCUACAGAUGUGGAGAAAUGAAUAAAAUUGUAGAAAUACAGUAUUUCCUUUUUUCUGUGUGUUUUAUAAAUUAAUAAAAAAUGGAUUUCACA